AUGGCUGCUCACAUGGUGCCCAGGCUCGGCAUCAGGCUGGCAUCGCAUGCCCUGGUGUCGCACACAUCACGACCGUUGGCCGCCGCCUUCCAGCGCUCAUUCGUCGCACUUGCCCGUCGCUCCUCCCUAUCCACCCUCGCCAACGCUUCGCCAUUUUGCUCCGUAUCGACAACCACAACGACACUGCUACAGAUGCGACGAUCCGCAUUGAAUUCCGCACCGCUGUCUUGUUCUGUUGUCCUCACCGCUCUCGCUCGUCACCAAUCGACCGCUGCGGCGACACCGGCCGAUUACGCCUCAACCUCCUCCGCCGACUCGACGACCAGCUCGACACGCACCGAGUCGUCAGCACCCGCGGCAUCGAAACCCGUCGUCGCACUGCAUCUGUAUGCACUCGCGUUCCUCGUGUAUGCCAUCGUCGUCGUCGGCGGUCUGACGCGCUUGACCGAGUCGGGCCUGUCGAUCACCGAGUGGAAUCCCGGCUUCAAAGGUAUGCGUCUGCCCAUCACCACGCCCGAGUGGGAAGCCGAGUGGGACAAGUACAAGCAAACGCCCGAAUUCCACCUGCUCAACUCCAAGAUGUCGCUCGACGACUUCAAGGCGAUCUACAUGUGGGAGUGGGGCCACCGCGUCUUGGGCCGCGUGAUCGGCGUCGCAUUCGUCCUGCCCGCCGCGUACUUUGUCACGCGUCGAUGGGUUGCGCCGGGCACGCGGUGGAAGCUGGCUGCCAUCGCAGCGGGUAUCGGCUUCCAGGGCUUCUUGGGUUGGUUCAUGGUCAAGUCCGGUCUCACGGCGCCCGAGCCGAGUGGCAGGGCAAAGACGGUUCAGGUCGAGGGAGGCGAGCUUCCCACCUCGGCCGCACAGACGAGUGCCGCAGCGGCAGACUGGACACCGCGCGUGUCGCACUUUAGACUGGCUAUGCACAUGGGUACAGCCUUCCUCGUGUAUCUCGCAAUGCUCCAUACCGGUCUGGCGGUCCAGCGCGACUACAAUGCGGCUAACCUUGGUGGCCGAGUGUCCGGGGUGCAGGCUCGCACACAGGCGGUAUUGACGCAGCUGGCCAAUACGCUCAACCACCCACUGCUGCGCACCCACUCGCGGCUCACCAAGGCGGUGGUUGCGCUGGUAUUUACCACCGCCAUGUCCGGUGCGCUCGUAGCAGGCCUGGAUGCGGGGCUGGUGUACAACGAGUUCCCCACCAUGGGCGAGGGUCGAAUCGCCCCACCCAUGCACGAGCUGAUGGACGACCGCUACUCCCAGCGCGACGACGGCUCCGACAGGGUGUGGAGAAACCUCGCGCAGAACCCGGUUACCGUACAGCUGAUUCACCGUACGCUCGCGGUGACCACGGCGUGUACCGUGCUGGCGCUGGCAUGGAAGACGCAUCGUCUGUCGCGCGCCUACACUGCCGCUGCACGUGUGGCUUCCACCCCCGUGCUGCCCACAAUGCCGCCACGAGUAGUGCAGCUCGCCAAUGCCUCGGUGGCAGUGGUGGCAGCCCAGGUGACUCUGGGCAUUUCAACGCUCAUCUACAUGGUGCCCAUCCCACUUGCCUCGGCGCACCAAGCUGGUUCGCUCGCCCUCCUCUCUGUCCUCGUCGCCCUCAUCUCGGCGCUGCGUCCCAUCCCCACACGCAUCCUUGCCCAGGCAGCCACCCGCCACACCAGCAUCCUCCGAAAGGUCGUCCACCCCACCCCCGCACUCAAACCUUAG